AUGUCGUCCGAUGCGCCGACGGCAUCAUGGCAUCCCGCCAUGAUGCCCAAUUAUCUGGCUGCCGAACCACCUCCAAGUCUCCCAACAGAAGCUACUUCGAGUCCAACACCGAGUCCGCCGCCGCAAAAUCAACCCGAAGCCGCCAGAGAGACUCGGCAACUGAGCCAUGUUCAUGAAACUUCAGAAGACCACGACACGGGUGCUUGGUUUCCGGACUAUGGGACUUCAAAUGCCGAUUGGAUGAAGAAGACUACGGACGAUGCGCCAGCACCGGCACCGGCACCGGCACCCGCGCCAGUCGAGGAUUCAGUUGAACCUGCUCCUGAGAAGCCUGCUUCUGAGGAGAAGGCUGAAGAAACAGCGGCCGAAACUACCAAUGCCUCCAAGCACCUCAGCACCAUGUCCUUUACCCGAACCGUAUCCUCGGAGAUGAACUGGAACGACGACGAUGACCCCGAGUGGAGUAUCACCUCACCUGCGGCCCAGCACGACCCUUCCAAGUUCCUUCCAGAGACAGGAAGGACAAAUUCGUUCCCCAAUACCUCGCAUUUGGAGCAGCAGCCAACCCCAGAAUUGGAGCAGGCUCUCCCUGCCACUGAGGCCGAAGACUUGAUUAGAGAAAUCGAACAAGAAGAGGCCGCUGAAAAUGCGGCCGACGCAGGCUUUGACAACCAAUUUGGCGAACAGAAUGACCACCAGUAUAUUGGCGGUAACAUCACAGGGACUGCCGAGGAUGCUCAGGAGGCCAGGUUCGAUGAGGGACUUGCCUUGAUUCCUUCAGCUGAGCCAGCUGCGCCGCAGCCUGCGAAGAACGACGACGCCGGAGACGAUUUGUUCGGAGGGGAUGGGGAAAGCGAGGAGGACGACUUUUUCAGCAAUGUCAAAGGGGACGAGACCGAACACCAGGAUGCAUUCGAGCCACAACCCCUGGAACGCAAGUCUACAAUGGAUGUCUUGAACUCGUUGAAUGUUGGCUCAGCACAUAACGGUUUCGAACCAUUGAAGGAGACAGUCGAGGAAGAAGAGGCUGAGGAUGAGGUGCCACAACCACAAGAAACCCAGGAACUCAAGGUGGAGGAGACCCCGGCUGCUUCACAGGACGAGCCGAAGCCCGAAACCCAAGAGGAUCUUGAUGCCAAGUGGAAGGAGAUGUUUGGUGAUGAGGAAGAGGAAGAAUUCCUCCUCGAGUCCGAUACUGAGCCAAAAGAGGAGGUGGACGCAGCUGCAUUCUUGGGCAGCGAUGACGAGAGUCUGCUCGAUGACGAGACAGGCACGGAAGCGCCAGCAGCCCCAGGAUAUCAGCCAGCACCUACUGCGCCGGUUGCUACCAGCCAAUAUCUUCCCCAGCCGUCACCUGCAGCUGCUCCUGUAGUCAGCCCAUAUGUGCCGACUGGAACAUCUAGGACCCCAACCCAGGCGAAUCCAUAUUUCCCACCAGCCCCAACUAUUCCACCCGCUGCUGUACCUCCAUAUGGGGUACCUGCCUCUGCUCCCCCAGCCCAAAACUUUGGAUAUGGCGCCCCUCCACUCCCUGUACAGGAGAAGCCCAAAGCCCAAAGCUUUGUGGAUAAAGGCAAGGGCGGGUAUCAAUCACCAUAUGAUCUUCCAAUGGAGGUUGUGAAACCCAAGAAGCGCGCCAGCGCCUUGCCUCUUCAGAGAAACAGCUCGGCCCCCCUUGCCCCCGGACCGGUUGUCCCACCACCACCAAGAAGCGCAAGCUUAUACCAGAGUCAACCCAUGGCCUCUCCUCUGCCAUCGAGCGGUCUUGCUGGGCCCAGUCUGGCGCGCCCUGGCUCCAGCGGCUCGUCACAAGGUCAGGCUCCUGCAGCAGCAAAGAAGACUCCACAAGAGGCCUUCUUUGAGGAUCUUCCCAUCACAACGAAGCCUCGUCCUGCCUCCCGCAAUAAGGGCUUACCAUCUCCGUCUCAAACAAGUCCAUAUGGGCCUCCGGCACAAUCAGUGCCGCCCCACGCUGUUCCGCCUCCUGUGAAUCAUCAAAUGGCACCGCCUCCGGGACCUUUCAGCCCCCCCGGAUCUCAGUCGGAAUUCCCUUCUCUAGUGGCACCCCCCAAGGUCAAUCCUUAUGCUGCUUUGCCUUCCAGUGCUGGCCUGGCUCCCGCACCUGCGCCUGCAGCCUCGACUCGCUACUCUCCAGCCCCCCCUGGUGCUCCACAGCCGAAUGGCCAUGUCCCUCCUCCGGCCUUGAGCCGCUUCUCCCCCGCUCCUCCCUCUCGACAAGCCAGUGGUACCUACCCACCACACAGCGCGGCUUCGGCGCCUCCUAUAUUGCCUCACCAGCCCCGUACUUCAAGCCCGUUGGCUCAUUUCGAGAUUACCAAUGAGCGAUCUAGACCACACCAGCCGACUCAUCUCGCUGAGAACACUUUGGCAGAGAGACGUAGUGUCAGCUCCAUGCACGAUUCCAGGCUCCAAAGGGUAUCAUCUUUGCCCCCAACACGGGAGGUGGAGGAAGAAGACGGUCCAUCCGCAGCACAACAGUCCUCCCCUGGCCGUGCGAUGCCGUCUCUUCCAAUGUCUCCUCCAGAGUCGAAAUAUGCACCAUCAGCGUUUCAAGCAAGACAAACGCCGCCCCCUUCUUCUCACUCUGGCCAAGCCAUCUUGUCCCCUCCCAAGCGGGCAAUGUCUACCCACAGUCCGUUGGUCAUGUCUCCCGAAUUUGCUCCGCCACCUAGGUCACAGACACAGUCACCAGGAGCACUCUAUGGCAACAGGGUCACCAAACAGGCCGAGCCGCUUCCUCGACCAUCAUCGGUCCAGGAUCUUACGUCUCCUCACCUCACCGGAUAUGCCCCUCAAGUGCCAGCCCCAGCUGCCCCUGCCUCGACUUCCUCGCGCCCAAGAGGGUUCUCGCUCAACAUGAAUGUCAUUCCGCCUACGGAUGGGCGGGAGCAUGAUCCACUGCAGAGAUGGAGGGGCGCUCCUCUUCUUUCGUGGGGCGUUGGCGGUUCAAUGGUCACCAUGUUUCCCAAGGAGGUGCCGCGCUAUGGCAUGAACCAGAGUGUCCCGUCAGUUGUGCGUAGUCCUGGAGAAGUCAAGGUCAAGAACGCCAAGGACAUUGCCCCGUUAGAGGAGCGCCUAACCAAGUUCCCCGGUCCCCUCAAGGGCAAGUCCAAGAAGAAGGAGGCUAUCUCCUGGCUGAGUGCGGGCAUUGAAACUCUCGAGCGUGGUUUGCCCAACACUUUUGGGAUGCAAUCCCAUCUGGCUCAUGACGAUAAGCGGGCGUUUGAGCGGGUUCUCUUGUGGAAGAUUCUGCGAGUUUUCAUCGAGCAUGACGGUAUUCUCGAAGGCAACCCUGCCGUUGAGAAGGCCGUAAGAGACUUGCUAUCCCCCUCCCCUGCGACAGAAGCCGCGGUUCCGUACCUGAACGGGGGCGCUUCUCUUGGGCUUAGCGAUUCACCCGCAACCUCCAUGCGGACCGAUUCCGUCGACUCGGCCACUGUUGAGAGCAUCCGCCGACAUCUUCUCAGCGGCGAGAGUGAGAAGGCUAUCUGGGCCGCGGCUGAUCAGCGUCUGUGGGGUCACGCUCUUCUUCUUGCCAACGCCCUUGCUCCCAACCUGUAUAAGCAGGUUGCGCAUGAGUUUGUGAAGAAGGAGGUCAACUUCCCUGGCCAUAACAAUGAGUCGCUUGCCGCCUUGUAUGAAGUCCUCUCAGGAAACCACGAUGAGACUGUUGACGAGCUGGUGCCCGUUCAUGCUCGUGCUGGGCUUCAGCUCGUUGCCAAGGACCCAUCACUUGGGCCUUCCAAGGAUGCUAUGGAGGGUCUUGACAAGUGGCGCGAAACUCUCAGCCUCAUCCUGAGCAACAGGAGCGUUGGCGAUGCCAAGGCCAUUAACUCACUCGGCACCUUGCUUUCUGGAUAUGGAAGGGCUGAAGCCGCUCAUAUCUGCUUCAUGUUUGCACGCCACAACACCAUCUUUGGCGGAUUCGACGAUCCAAACUCUCACUUCGUGCUGGUUGGAUCCGACCACAAGAGGCAGGCUGAGCAGUUUGCCAAAGAGAUUGAGCCUCUCUUGUUGAGCGAAGUGUACGAGUAUGGCCAAAGCCUUGCCGGGAACUCGAACGUGGUUAUUUCGAAUCCUCACUUGGCCGCAUACAAGCUGCAGCAUGCAUAUGCCCUGGCGGAAUACGGGUUCAGAGAUAAAGCUUUGCAGUACUGCGAGGUCAUUGCUGCGUCGAUCACUGCACAGACCAAACGCUCGCCGUAUCAUCAUCACAUCCUGGAAAAUGCAGUCGAGGAUCUUAUGAAGAGGCUGAAGUCAGCCCCCAAGGAGGAGUCCAACUCCUGGAUCCCCAAGCCAAGCAUGAACAAGGUCUCGGACUCGAUGUGGAACCGCUUCAACAAGUUUGUUGCUGGUGACGACAAUGAUGAGUCUGGUCAGGGCGCUGCUGGUGAUGCAGCUGAAUCCGGGCCGUUUGGCCGAAUUGCUGGAGGUACCCCGUCUAUUAGCCGGCCUCCAUCUGCGAACAACCUGGAGACGUUUGGCGCUGCCAUUCCCAGCUACGGUAUGCCGGUCGCCUCUGUCUCCAACGGGCCUGUGAUGUCCUCGGCGCCGCCAACCAGAGCUGCCUCUCGCUAUGCGCCAGGAGGCCCGCCUCAGCCUGCGGCCGGUGCUGGCAAUCCGUACGCUCCACGCACUUCCAUGGAGCGCAGCUCGGGCGAGUAUAACCGGAGUUCCGUUGAGCUGCCCAGGAGGUCUCUGGACAUGCAGUCCGGAUACGGCCCGGUGAGGACCUCCUCCCCAGCUCAACAGUACACGCCAUAUGGCGGUGGAUACAACCCUGCUGGGGAGUCGCCGCGCAGUCCAUCGGUGCAGCAACAGCCUGCUCAGCUCGCUGCAGCCACACCAGGCUACCAACCAUAUGGAUAUCCUGGUGCGCCGAUCAAUGGUGGGAAUGCUGCCAGUGAUCUGCCCACUCCCACUUCUGAGAAGCAAGGCUUUGAAACCAAGACUGAGGCCGCUGGGACCUCUGGUUAUCAGGCCCCCUCGUACGGAUAUGAGCCGCCAUCGUUCACUGCUUACGAGGCACUAAAGGAGGAGGAGAAGCCUGCAUCGGAGGAGACUACUGGCGACGGCGGAUAUGAGCCUCCCUCGUAUCAACCAUACAGCUACGAACCCCCCUCAUACCAGCCUGACCCGCCCUCUAACGAGGACGAAAAGUCUGGUGAUGAGAAGCCCAAGCACAAGAAGAAGAGUUUCAUGGAUGAUGACGAUGAUGACUACCCUCCCAUGAAGCCAUCAUCAUCGACACCAGCGGAGAAGAGCAAGGAAGAGAAAGACAGGGAAAACGCAGAGAUGUUCCGCAAGGCAGCUGAAGAAGAUGCCAAAGCGCAAAAGAAAGGAUGGGGCUUCGGCUCCUGGUUCGGCGGCAGGAAAUCCGACGCCAUGCCCCAGCAGCAAGAAGCCGCCGGCACACCCAACAAGCCCAUCCGUGCCAAGCUUGGCGAGGCCAAUUCUUUCUAUUACGACCCUGAGCUCAAGCGGUGGGUGAAUAAGAACAGUUCUGGGGAGGACACAGCCAAGAAGGCGACGCCUCCUCCUCCAAAGGCGGGACCGCCGGGUGGUGGUGCUAGGUCUGCGACGGCUAGUCCGUCUUUUCCUCCUCCGGGGGCGGCUGAUCCGGGGAGGGCCAGUGCGCCUCCUCCGAGGGUUGCGUCUGUUGGGAACCUGACACCGCCGGGGUCGGGAUCUGAGAUUGGUUUGAGUGCGCCGCCUGCUGGGCCGGUGGGCAUGUUGAGGAGUGCGAGCAGUACUAGCACUGCUAGUGCGCCGCCUGGUGGUGGGGCGAGACCGCCUAUGGCGGGUGCGGGACCGGCGAAGAGCUUGAGCAAUAGCAGUAGUAUCGAUGAUUUGUUGGGUGCGGCGGGGCCGAGGAGGCCGGGGCAGGGAAAGAAGCCUAGGAAGAGCGCUAGGUAUGUGGAUGUUAUGACGAAGGAUUGA